UCUCAAUCCGAUAGUAGUUCAAUUCUCGCUAUGUCCAUCAUGACUCCCUCGUUUCCCUCCGCGCUGCUCUCAAGUCCGUACUCCAAUAACGACAACGCGGCGCUGUAGCCGGGGCAUAUAUCUAAAAUGAUAGCUACUUCUUGGGAGGAGGCUGGAUGGAGAGUCGCACGGCGAAGCUGGAAGACACUUAGAGUGAAUUGGCAUCUUGGGUUCACCUCGUUCGGUGGACCCCCUGUUCACUUCAAGAUCUUUCACGAUAAGUUCGUGUCUAAGCUCACUUGGAUCGAUGAGCAAGUGUAUCAGGAGCUUUUUAGCAUUUGCCAAGCCCUUUCUGGUCCUGCUAGUACGAAGAUGCUCUACUGUGUGAAUCUCAUUCAGGAUGGGUUCUUUGGAGCGAUUCUCGCCUUUUUUAUCUGGAGUUUGCCAGGGGCGUUAGGCAUGUUUGGCCUUUCUGUCGGCGUCUCUAACAUUGGGGAAGCUCUUCCCCGAGCCGUAUACGCUUUGCUCUCUGGGCUUAAUGCCGCCACAGUCGGCAUUAUCGCCUUAGCGGCCGUCGAUCUGUCUAAUAAAGCAAUCACGGAUAAGCUUACUAGAAUCCUCGUCUUCUUAACCGCUGCAGCAGGAAUGCUAUACAACGCGCUAUGGUAUUUCCCAGUCCUUAUGCUUACUGCUGCAUGCACUGCCGUCAUAUAUGACUAUCGUUGGCUACAACAACUUUGGCUGGUUAUAAAGGAUGCUUUCUUGAGAAUAAGGAGCCCCACACAUCUGGAGGAGAAUACGACUCAGGAUGAAGGUGACUUGGGAGAAACCGAUGGCCCCAGCAUGUCUCUCAAUAACCGGGAUGGGAAUGGAACAAGCGAUUAUUCUGAACCGCGCAUUAUUCCGCCGGGAUACUUUCUUGAAUUUUCAUGGAAGUCUGGGACGGCCAUUAUAUCGACAUUCUUUAUCUCAUUUAUCGUCGUCAUGGUACUCCGGGGGGCUUUACCUGAUCUCCCUGUACUAUAUAGACUUUUUGCUAACCUUUAUCUCGCUGGUACGAUCAUUUUCGGGGGUGGACCGGUUGUAAUCCCGCUUCUAAGAGAAUACGUGGUGGCUCAGGGUUGGGUCAGUCCUCGUGACUUUCUUAUUGGUCUUGCUAUCGCGCAAGCUUUUCCCGGUCCAAAUUUCAAUUUUGCCGUAUUCCUAGGUGGCUUAACGGCUAUUAAUCACGGAUAUCCUUCUAUCACCGGAGCAAUUAUCGCAUUCUGUGGUAUUUUCUUCCCUGGGAUCGUCCUGGUUCACGGUACAAUGGGAAUCUGGAGGGUAUUACGGAGUAGGCGCUGGGUAAAAUCUGGAGUAAGAGGUAUUAACGCUGGCGCCGUCGGACUGAUAUAUACGGCUGUGUAUAGAAUUUGGCAGGUGGGCUACAUUGAUGAAGGGUUCCAGUCUGGGAAGAGUCUUGGUGAUGAUCCUUGGUGGGUAAUUGUAACUGCGACCGCCUAUGUUGGGGGUCGUUAUUUCGGCGUGGCACCACCAAUUGCUAUAGUCCUGGGGGCCGUACUCGGUUUGGUUAGAUAUGGAGUGGCGAGUAGUCGGGUAUGAGAUAUUCCUUAACAUACUAUGUUAAUACGAAGAGAGG